AUGAACGCAGGACAAGGUCAACAACAGGGCGGUAACGCCGCCGGCGGGCAGGAGGAUUACCUCGACAAGGGCCUCGACGCGGCGGAGAAGAAAUUCGGUCAGGGCAAGGUCGAUCCGCAGAAGGAGCGCGGGGUGAAUGAGAAGGUGACGGAUAAGGCCAGGGGGAUGUUUGAGAAGGCUACGGGGAAACAUGUGCCGGACAAGUUCUCGAACUAG